AUGAGUGACGUAGAAGUUCCUGCACUUGCUCUAAGAGAUGCUUCUUUUAGUGAGAUUCAUAUUGGAGAAGGAGACGAACAAGUUUUAGAACAAAUCUUCUUAUCUGAUGUUUAUACAGCCAAACAUGUUAUCAGCGAUCACAUUCAUCAUACUCCAUUAGAUUCUAAUGCUAGCAUUUCAGCAGACAUUGGAAUGGAUGUUUAUUUUAAAUUAGAAAAUAUGCAAAAAAGUGGUUCAUUUAAAGUACGAGGUGUUAUGAACAAAUUUAAUUCAUUAACUCUUGCUGAAAAGAAAAGAGGGGUAAUUGCUGCUUCAAGUGGUAAUCAUGGUAUGGCUGUUGCUUAUUGUGGUAAACAAUUAGGUGUUCCAACUACCAUCAUUGUUCCAAAUUUUACAAACCCAAGAAGAGCAGAAACAAUGAAAAGAUAUGGUGCUACUGUUAUUUUACAUGGAGUUACUGUUGCAGAAGCUGAAGCUUAUGCCAAAGAAAUGUCAACUGAAAAAAGACUUGCUUACAUUGAAGCUCGUGAUGACGUUUCUAUUAUUGCUGGUGAUGGAACAGUUGGUCUUGAGAUUUUAAGAGAUUUACCAGAUGUAGAUGCUAUUAUUGCACCAAUUGGAUCAGGAAGUUUACUUUGUGGAUUAGCUUUAGCUGUUAAAACUCUUGAUCCAAGAGUUAAAGUUUAUGGUGUUCAAAAUGAAAAAGGGUCUUCAGCUUAUCUUUCUAAAAAACAUCAUGUUCUUUGUAGAACUCAUCAAAAUGAAGAUAAUGAAUUAACUGAUGUUGUUAAUACUAUUGGAAAUUUAACUCUUCACAUGAUAGAAUCUUAUGUUGAUGAUAUUAUUACAGUUGAUGAAACCCAAAUCACUAGAGCUAUGAUGUUAUUAAUGGAGAGAUGUAAAGUUAUUAUUGAAGGAGCUGGGGCUGUUGCUUUAGCUGGUCUCCUUUCUAAAAAACUUCCAAUUGAGAAAGGCUCAAAAGUUGCAGUUAUUGUUUCUGGUGGUAAUGUUAAUAUGAGAUUAUUAAAUACUGUUAUUGAUCUUGGAUUAAUUAAUUGUGAACGUUCACUUAAAUUAGAAGUUACUGCUCCAGAUUCACCAAUCAAUCUCAAUGAAUUAGUUAGUAUUAUUGCUGAACAAAAAGCUCAAUUAUAUGAUUUCCAAGUUAAAAAGAAUGUAGGUAUUGGAAUGUGUACCAUCAGAUUCUCAGUAGAAGUUGCUGAUAAAAACCAUAAACAAGCUCUUGGUGACGCAUUAAAAGCUAAAGGUUAUGAAUUUGUCUUUGUCUAA